AUGGACAGUUCUUUACACGGGAGAGGGCAAAGCCAUUUCCCUCGACUUCUCUCCAAAAGUCUUGAUGGUAAAACAAUGCAGUCCUAUGUCAGGGAGGACCCCCUUUCUAAGAGCCGCAUGCCCCCGGGACAGCAGAAUCGAGCCGAAUGCACGGACAUCGCCAGCCAGUGGCCGAAGACAGAUGAAAGGGAGGCCCUGCGUGGACUAAACGAACGCUUUGCUGGUUUCAUCGACAAGGUUCGCCAGCUGGAAAGUGAGAAUAAAGUACUGGAAAACGAAAUACAGCAACUCCGAGAAAAACAAGCCACUUCGACUACACUUUACGAAGGGAUGUGUGAAGCCGAAAUAAAAGAGCUCCGAGAAAUCGUUUGUGAAAUCAGCUCGCAAAAAACUAAGGUCGAGAUCGAAAAACAGAACCUGGAAGAAGACUUCAGUCUGCUGAGAGGAAGAUAUGAAAAUGAAGCUCAAAAACGAGCAAGUACCGAAGCAAAGAUCGCCGUUGUGAAAAAGGAUCUCGGGGGCACCCGACUUUCCAAAAUCGACCUGGAAACGAAGUUGCAAGCGCUUGUGGAGGAAAUCAUUUUUCUGAAAGAAAACCACAACCAGGAGGUGUCGGAACUGCAGGCCCAAAUCCAAGAAGCUCAGCUUACGGUAGAAGAGAAUUUUGCAAAGCCGGAUAUAACAGCAACUUUAAAAGACAUCAGAGAACAGCUGGCGGGUCAAAGCAACGCCACAACGCAGCAGAUUGAGCAGUGGUUCAAGACGAGGAUGGCGAGUAUGGCCCAGAUAGCAGACGUGAAUAGCGAAUCACUUCAGGCUAGCAAAGAUCACAUCCAGGAACUAAAACGUCAGUGGCAAAUAAAAAGUGGAGAGCUGGAAAGAGCCAGAAAGAUCAAGGACGAGUUAGAGAUGCAAAUCCAGGAUCUGGAAGGGAGACAUGAGGCGGACGUCGCUCAAUACCGGGAAACAGUGCAACUGUUAGAGAAUGAACUUCAAGUCACUAAGUCUGUAAUCUAUGGCCAUCUGAAGGAAUACCAAGAAUUGCUAAAUAUUAAAAUGGCCUUAGAUGUGGAAAUCACCUCCUACAGGAAACUUUUAGAAGACGAGGAAUUCAAAUUUUGCACUGGCACUGAAGAUCUUCUUGCUCCACGUGCUCUGUGCAGACAGCCUGUCUUGUAUUCUGUGCCAAGUCUGAAGAAACAAAAGCCUGUUUCUCCCAUUCAAGAACUGCAAUCCAAGUCAAUCGGAGACACCAUUACUGAAGCCACCAAGGAAGACAACUUAACAGAAAUUGAAGAUACAGAUGCAGAGGAAAUUGUGAGUGAAGAAGAAAAAUUGGAGGAGAAAAGUCUAGAAAUUGAAGAUUUUAGAGAUAAAGAUGUGGACCUCAAUGUUGGUAAAGAUGAUGAAGAUAAAAUCAAGUUAAUGGAUUAUGCAGGCAAAGACGAUAAGGUAAAUGACAGCAUGUUUAAACAAGACAAACAGACUGAAGACAUGGCUAUAGAACAAAGUGAAGAGAAGGAAGAUGAAAUUAUAACAACAGAGAUUGUGACUAUCAGCAAGACCAGCAGUUUGAGAGAACAAACAGCACCCGAGAAUCUCGCCAAAAGUGCAGAAAAUGAAACCCAUAAAGAAGAAGAAGAGAGUUCAAAGGAUAGUGAUGUGACAAACAUGGGAGAUGAGCAAUAUGAAGAGCAUGCGUUACAUGUUGAACCUGAGCAGAACAGACAAUUACAAGAUGCCAUGCUUCAGAGUGAAUGCCCACCAUCUGGAGAGGAAUACACACAUGAAGAGCCACACAUCGAGGGAGAAAUAUCAAAAGAGAGUGCAGAUUCUGAUGUACAGAAUACUGAAAAGCAGAAAGCCCAUGAAGAUCUGAAGGAGGAAGAAACAGCAACCAAUGAGAUGAUGGGAGAAAGUCACCAUAAGGCCAUUUCCAAGGUGAAUGUUGAUGGAGAAGCACUGCAUGACGCUUCCACAGAAGAUGAAACAACAAAAUCAAGCCAGUUGUGCCUAUUGGAAGACAGCAAAAUUGCAAACCAAGAAACAUUUAGCAUUCUGACAAGGGAAGAACAAGAUGGAAAUGAUGGGCCAGGAGAAGAUGUAGAAGAAAUUACUUCCAGAAGAAAAGAAGUUAGCUCUGAAACAUUGAAAACUGAAAAUGUGGAGUAUGAAGAAAUAUCCAAGGAGAAUUAUAGGCAAAAAGAAUUAAAGGAAGACAAUGAAGCAAAAAAAGAACUGGAGCAGGCAACCAAAGGAAAAGAGAUUCAGAAACCAGAAAUCUGCAAGUCUCCCGAUAAAGAAGGAGAAUAUCAUGACAAGGGGAAGGCCGAUGUAAUUUCGGAAGAGUUCAAAACUGAGGAAGUUGGGGCAGAACUGAGAGAGCCACAAAGAGAACAGGAGAUCACAGCUGGCGUGGUAGAUAUACACAGGAAAGAAGACAACACUGAACAAGAGAAAAGACCUGACACCAGAGAUCAAGCAGAAGAUGAGCAAGAAGUUUUACUCGGUGUACCUGUGACCAAGGAAAAUAUGGAGGUCACACAUGAAGACACUAGCAAAGCAAGGGAAGUCCUGGUCUCAACUUGUUGGACAACUGGUGAUGAUGAAGAGGUCACAGAACCAAAAUAUGACCGGGAUGGGAAGGCUGAAGAAGAAGAAACAAACACCUUGAUAAUCCAAACACUGUCAGGUGGACAAUUGACAGGAAUGGAGGAACUGGAAGAACUGGAAGGGAGUAGCCAAGUGUUCUCGGAGAAUGGAGAAAACAUCGGCCAAGCACUUAGGGACACCCCAUCAGAAUAUGGACAAGGGACAGCAUUGAGUGUACAGGAACAAACAGAGGAAAGCAGUCCUCUAACCAAAACAGAGGAUAGUUCAGAUAAGAAAGAGUCCAAAGCAGAAAGUAGAUGUCACCCAGAAGAAAAGGAACUGAAGCAAGUAAAUCAAGAAGAAAAGAAAUGCAGUAACAUGGUGGAAACUAAUGAAGAACAGUUGACAGCAAAAGACAAGACUUUAGAAUCUGAGAGAAGGACAAUUGGUGACCAGGUUUCUCCCAUACAAACAGAUGAAAUGGGUCAGAUUAAAGAAGGACCGGCAACUACCAGCAAAGAUGAACCAAAAGACUUGCAGCAGGAAGAUGAUGUUGUUUACCCUGAUCAAGAAAUGGCUGACACAGCAGAAUCUGCACAAGACUUGCAGCAGGAAGGUGCAGUUGUUCACCCCGAACAAGAAAUGGCUGACACAGCAGAAUCUGCACAGUCACCACACACUGACUUCACACCCAGAGACCAUGACACCAUUACACAGCAGGAAUUUAAAGAAUAUACCAGCUGUAAAGAAGACAUCCACACAGGUUUAGGAACUGAAGAAAUCAAUGCCAUGUUAUGUGACCACAGAGAAGAGGUAUGCAAGUCAUCCACAGGAAAAUUGCAUCAUAUGGAAAUAGGGAGCAAGGAGGAAGCAGAUCUUGGAAAGACUACCAGUCCAACAACACAGGAGAUCUUGGGGCAGAAUGAAGGCAUGGAACUUCCCAAGGAAAGCCAAGAGGACAAAUGUUCAACCACUAAGGACAUCCAAGAACAAGAAGAGUCAGCCUCCAUCACACAAGGAGCCCCCGAGCAAGAAGGAGGAGGUGAAGAUGACGGCCAAGAGUCAGUGCACCCUGCUGACUAUUACAAGACAAUGUAGCCUUGUCAAGACAUUAAACAGCUUUCAGAGUAAAGCAUGCUUGUGACAUCUUGGCAUACUUAAGCAAAGACUGGGAAAACUCAAUCAAAAGGAGCAUGGCACACAAUGAGCGCACAGACCUUUGAUAUUCUAUGAGACACCUUCACUGUAAAAACUGCAUGGUGCCCCUCACUUCAGCUACUGUACAUGUUCUGUGGUCUGCAUAUGUUCAUUGAUUGAUUUCCUCAAUAAAGCUUCA